AUGGGUUUCCGGAAGUUCUCCUCCUUCCUGGCUCUCAGCAUCUUGGUCCUGUACCAGACCAACAGCCUUCAGGCCUCUCCAUUCAGGUCUGCCAUAGAGAGCAACCCAGAUCCCACUGCACUCAGUGAGGAGGAAGCGCGCCUCCUGCUGGCUGCACUGUUGAAGGACUUUGUGCAGAUGAAGGUCAAUGAGCUGGAGCAAGAGCAGGAGACAGAGGGCUCCAGUGUCACUGCCCAGAAAAGAGCCUGCAAAACUGCCACCUGUGUGACCCACCAACUGGCAGGCUUGCUGAGCAGAUCCGGGGGCAUAGUGAAGAGCAACUUUGUGCCCACUGAUGUGGGCUCCAAUGCCUUUGGCCGGCGCCGCAGGGACCUGCAGGCUUGA